AUGACGAGCAAGACAAAACUAGUUACUAUUUUACACCAAUGUUUUACAUGCCAAAAUGCAUACAGCACCCCACAAUCCCUUCGACAACACUUACGAAAGCACAGUAUACUAUUGCCACAUCGAGUAACAGGGAUUAGACGAUAUGAUAAUGAUGAAUAUACCUAUAUUAAAGCUACCCGCUCACACGAUGACAUUGAGAAGCACUUUGGCUGCCCUGCUUGCAUCGCUCAUUUUAUGGAAAUCGGCGAGUUAAAGACACAUUUUUAUGCUAACCACCCAGAAACACUACCAAAACAAUCACAGACGAUAUCACAGGAAGAGCCAACGACAGGGCAACAACAAAGCCACAACAACCAGGACAAGCCUAAGAAACGUCACUUAAGCAAUGCCCUUACAACUGAGUUGUUGGAUCCAUUAUGCCUAUCUUUUCCGCCUCUUGAUCACGAUGACCAUUUGUUGGUACAAAAGUUCGAUGUAACAAUGGCGUUUCAUAAGCUGCAGCUUUCACUAUGUCAACACAAAUGGAAAUUAUCACUCGAAAAUCACAUUCACUUGGCUUUGGCUGCCACCCACAUUUUGCUAUUGUCCCGUAAUCAGUACCCAGAGGAUUUAUCACCCUACUUCAACAAUCACAACCUCGAAGCGACUAUCAAUGAGAUAGAAACAAAAUAUGGCAUUAAAAAGCUCCAAAUGUCAAUGGAAACGACUACCAGCAUGAUCGGCAUCGCCCAAGCUCUUGCCAUGGGAAUAAUCAGUCGAGAUAAGGCGACUGCAAAGUUUUUGGAUUUGGACCUCCCCUCUAAUGAAAACAAGUUCAAAAAUUGCAUAAUCGACCUAAUUCGGAAGCUUCCUCCUGUACCAAUUGCAGAAGAUAUCAACGAGUUGGAACUUAGCACUCGAUAUGUUGAUCCUUUUUUGUCCGGUUUAUUUGACGAUCCGGACGAGGGCAUAUACCUACGGUGGACCAAUGAACUGACUUCAGAAGCCCGAAAGCACGAAGACUUAUCAACAAAACGUCCCGAUAUAUGUCUAAGUCGUUUACAUGGGAUGACAUGGGCGUCGAAUUAUGGUUAUGGGGAAGCUAAGUCAGCUGCUCAAGGUGGUAGCAAUUAUUUGAUUUGUCAGGAUCUACUUCGCGUUGGUUUAUUCUGCAAAAAUGCUCUUGACGCACAAAACAUGGAAGGACUUUAUGUCAUGUACGAGUUAGAAAAAAUCAAAAUUCCUAGCUGCUUGGAUGAUUUAACCAAACUUAUUGUGGAUAUGCCUCGCGUUUGUCGCGUACUUGAAACCUUCAAUGGCAUCUGCAAACCAUCAGUCCAUCCAGCAAUGACAAGCCGAAACCGCCCAACGAUCACCACCUCUGCAUUUAAUGGCAUUUUUUCACUAUCCCAAAGUCGCAAACGACAAUGCCAUUUGAAAUAUCAACAUAAUUAA